AUGAUCAAAGGGUACUAUUGCUUCCAUCACAAGAGUUAUCUUAAGAAAGCUGGUAUAUGCGGGAAAGAGCUGGAAAGAUUUCGCGAAGAGCUUCAUGAGCUUCGUCAGCUUCGAAAUGCGGCCGUCCAUCGCGAAGAAGUUAGUGCAUCAACUAUAAGACGCUACGCAAGGAGUACAUUAGACGUCCUAGAAACUUUGCGGCGAUUAGGAAACGAAUACCUUGAGGAAGCGUACGGUAGCUCCUUGGACCGUUUAUUCCGCAAUUUCUGGGACGUGGAUAGCGACUCGCAAGCUAUUGCAUCGCCUUCAGAUCUAUCAGAAACGAUGCGUGAGUGA